AUGAAGAAUCUAUCACUAGAUACGAAUUUACAAAAUGAUGGUGAUUUAAUAUUAGGAUAUUCACCAUUUCAUUUAUCUACUUUAAAUCCAAUAUCAUUUUUACACAAUUUUGAUUUUUUGAACUUCAAUAAUGAUCAAUCAUCUGAGAUACUCAAAUCUCAAUCAAUUGAAAAUUUUCAUUUCAAAUUUCCACAAGUAUUAUAUUCAAAUCAUAGUAAUUCAUUAAAUCCACAAUUUAUAUAUUAUAUUUCAACGAUUAUAAAUGUAAUUUUUGGUCUAUGGUUUGCUUAUAAAAUAAUUAAAACUACAAUAAAGAACCGAAAAACUUCAUAUAUUUAUACAUCAACUCCAAUACUACAGACUUUUAAAGUAUUUUUGGCUUUAACACAAAUAAUUUUUAUUAUAGUAUUUUGGAAAUUAACAAAUAUUGUUGUUUUCCUUCCUAUACUAGCAGUUACUAUAUUAGCUUUUAUUACAAUCAUUAUAGAAUUUAGAAACUCACCAAUUCCAACAAAUGUAUCGUUAUUGUAUUGGUUAGUUAAUACUGCUUUCACUUUUGGUAUUUUCAUACAAGAUUCAUUUUCAAAACAUAAAAUAUAUGCAAUAAAUGGGUCAUCAUAUAUACUAGAAAUAUUCAUAUUGGUCAACAGUUUAUCAAUUUUUGUUCUUGAAGUUGCAUAUUAUAAACCAGGAUUUGAAGAUGAAAAUUUACCAUUUUUAGAUAAAAUUAAUUUAUUUUCAUAUAUAACAUUUUAUUUUUUACAACCAAUUAUUAAUAAAAUUUAUAAAACUGAUGAUAUUAAAUUUGAUGAAUUACCUAAUAUUUUAGGUGGUCUCAGUUGUGAUGAAAGUAAAUCUAAAGUAAUUAAAUAUUGGGAUGUUGAAGUUGAACAUUCAAAGGGAAAACCAGGUUGGUUUUGGUACGUGUGGGCUUUUAUUAGAAGAAAAAAAGUUGGAGAAAAUAAACCAAAUUUGUUUGCUGCAAUUUUUUAUGCUUUUUCACCUGAAUUUAUUUUAAGUUUUGUUUUAAAAUGUAUUGAAACUGCUUUAGUUUUCACUCAACCAUUUGUAUUAAUGAAAUUUAUUCAAUUUUUUAGUGCUUAUUUUUAUGAUGAUGUGAAACCACCUAUUAUUAUUGGUUAUGGUUGGGCAGCUACAAUGUUUGCUAUAUCUUGUGCUAAUUUUAUAACUUUUAAUCAAUCUUUUAGUUUACAAUUUAAUAUGGGAUAUGGAAUUCAAUCAGCUUUAACUACAAUUAUUUAUGAAAAAUCUUUAAGAUUAUCACCUCAAUCAAGAAAAAAUAAACCAACUGGUGAUAUAAUUAAUCAUAUAACUAUGGAUAUUGAUAUUAUUUUUUGGUUUUGUUGGAGUUUAGGAGAAUUUAUUUCAGCACCAUUAAGAUUAGGAGUUUGUUUAGUUGCAUUAUAUAAAUUAUUUGAUAGAGCAACUUGGGCUGGUGUUAUUACUGCAUUAAUUGUUACACCUGUUGCAACUUGGGUAAAUACAUCAAUGUCAAAAUUUUAUUUACAAUUAAUGAAAGAUAAAGAUGAUAGAACAAGUUUAGUUACUGAAAUUUUAAAUUCUGCAAAAAGUAUUAAAUUUUAUUCAUGGGAAAGACCAAUGUUACAACGUUUAAGUGAUAUUAGAAAUGGUAGAGAAUUAUAUAAUAUUAAAAAAUUAGGUGUUGUUAGUGCUUUAGCUCAAUUUUUAUGGUCAUGUAUUCCAUUUUUUAUAAGUUGUUCAACUUAUGCUGCUUAUUCAUAUUUUUAUAAUGUUCCAUUAACUCCUGAUAUUGUUUUUCCAGCAUUAGCUUUAUUUGAUUUAUUAUCUGAUCCAAUGUUAUUAAUUCCAAAUUUUAUUGUUGAAGUUAUUGAAGUUGCAACUUCUUUAGGACGUAUAAGGGAUCUAUUAUGUCUUGAUGAAUUAGAUGAUGAUCAAGGUGGUCAUGUUAAAAGAGAUCCUGAAGCAAGUGAUAAUUCUGAAUAUUCAGUUAUCGUUAAAAAUGCUACAUUUGCAUGGACUAAUGAAACUAAUGAUAUUAAAGAAUAUAAAGAUGAAGAAAGUGAAGUUCAAGAUACUCCUAAAACUAAUAUUGCAUUAAAAGAUAUUAAUUUCUUAGCUAAAAAGAGUAAAUUAACAUGUAUUGUUGGAAAAGUUGGAAGUGGUAAAUCUACUUUAAUUCGUGCUAUAUUAGGUGAUAUACCAAUUAAAAUUCCAUCAUAUUCAGAUGAAAAUAAUUCAACUUCUUCUCCAAGUGUUGAAACUUUUGGUUCUAUAGCUUAUUGUCCUCAAUCACCAUGGAUUUUAAAUGGUACAGUUAAAGAAAAUAUUUUAUUUGGUCAUAGAUAUGAUUCAGAAUUUUAUAGAAAAACUAUACUUGCUUGUGAAUUAGUUGCUGAUUUUAAAAAUUUACCAGAUGGUGAUAAAACAGUAGUUGGUGAAAAAGGUAUAUCAUUAAGUGGUGGUCAAAAAGCAAGAAUAUCAUUAGCAAGAGCUGUAUAUUCAAGAGCUGAUAUUUAUUUAUUAGAUGAUGUUUUAUCUGCUGUUGAUGCUCAUGUUGGAAAAGCUUUAAUAAAACAAGUCUUAUCAGAUGAUGGUGUUAUUGGAAGUCGUACGAAAAUAUUGGCUACUAAUUCAAUUCCUGUUUUACAUGAAGCUGCUGAUAUUUAUUUAUUAUCUAAGGGUUCGAUCAUCGAACAUGGAGAUUUCAAAAAGGUAAUACAGAAUAAUGGAGAAUUAGCUCAAUUGAUUAAAGAAUUUGGUAAAAAGAGUGAUGAACAAAAAUCUGAAGAAAAUGGUGUGAAAGAAGAAGAUUCAGAAGAACAUAAACCAAUAUCUACUGAACCUACAGACAAUGGACCAGUUGAUCCAAAAGUUGCAUUACAAACAGAAGAUUUAGUUGAUGAAAUUGUUGAUUAUGUUGGAGAAGCAAACAGAGGGAUUGUUGAACAAGCUGUAUUACGUCGUGCAUCUUUAGUAUCAUAUAAUCAUUCAUAUGAUAAAGAUGAUGAAGAUGAAGAUGAUGGAAUUAUAAGAAAAACUGGUCAUAUUGAAGAAGAAUCAAAAAAAGGUACUGUUCCAUGGGAUAUUUUUAAACAAUAUAUUAUGGCUUGUGAUUAUAAAUAUUUUUCAGUUUAUGUUAUUGGUACUUUAAUUACUUUAUUAAUUGCAGUUGGUGAAAAAUAUUUAUUAAGUUAUUGGUCAGGUUUAAACAAACAAGAGAAUAAAACUGUUAAUCCUGGGUUUUUUUUAGGUCUUUAUGCAUUAUUUGGAGUUUUAUCUGGUUUAUUUACUUAUUUAACUGCAUUGGUCAUUUGGAGUUAUUGUAUUGUUAAAGGAGCUGCUUAUUUUCAUGAUAAAAUGGCUGAAAAAGUAUUACAUUCUCCAAUGUCAUUUUUUGAUACUACACCUGUGGGUAGAAUUUUAAAUAGAUUUACUGAAGAUAUUGGAAAAAUUGAUAUGCAUUUACCUUGGACAUUAAUUGGAUUUAUAACUACAGUAUUAAGUGGUUGUGUUACUUUUGGAGUUAUAUUUUAUUCAUUACCAUUUAUGAUUUUUAUUAUUGCUAUAUUAUUAUUUGUUUAUAAUUAUUUUAGAGCAAGAUUCAUUCCAGCUGCAAGAGAAUUAAAAAGAUUAGAAUCAGUUGCUAAAUCACCAGUAUUAGCUACUAUUCAAGAAUCAAUUAAUGGUGUAGAUACUAUAAAAGCAUUUUUUCAAAGAGAAAGAUUUGUUCACAAGAGUAAAAAAUUUAUUGAUGAAAAAACUUUAAUUGGUGUUGUUAUUCAAAAUUGUAAUAGAUGGUUAUCCAUGAGAUUACAAUUCAUUUCAUCAAGUAUUAUGUUUUCAACUGCAUUAUUAGCUGUUGUUAGUUUAGGUGGUAAAUAUCCUAUUUUACCAAGUGUUUUAGGUUUUGUUAUGACUUAUUCAUUAACUAUCACAUAUGUUUUAAAUUCUGUAGUAAGAUAUUGGGCAGAUUUACAAUCAGAAGGUGUUGCUAUAGAAAGAAUUAUAGAAUAUUGUGAUUUACCAAGUGAAGCUCCAAUGAUUAUUGAAAGUAAAAGACCUGAUUCAAGCUGGCCAGGAGAAGGUGUUGUUAAAUUUAAAAAAUAUAGUACUGCUUAUAGAAAAAAUUUAGAUCCAGUUUUAAAAGAAAUUGAAUUAACUAUAAAUUCAAAAGAAAAAAUUGGUAUUGUUGGUAGAACAGGUGCUGGAAAAUCAUCAUUAACUUUAGCAUUAUUUAGAAUCAUUGAAGCAACUGGUGGUGAUAUUGAAAUUGAUGGAAUUAAUGUUGGUGAAAUUGGCUUAUAUGAUUUAAGACAUCAUUUAACUAUUAUUCCACAAGAAGCACAUACUUUCAGAGCAUCAAUAAGAGAAAAUUUAGAUCCAUUUGCAGAGUAUAAUGAUGAUAAAUUAUGGAAAGUUUUAGAAUUAGCUCAUUUGAAAGAACAUGUUGAACAAAUGGAAACUGAACCUACUGAAGAUGAAAAAAAAUCAUCUAAAAACCCUGAUGAAUUAAUAAAGAAAAAAGGAUUAGAUGCUCAAAUAGAAGAAGGAGGUUCAAAUUUAUCAGCUGGUCAAAAACAAUUAUUAUGUUUAGCAAGAGCUUUAUUAAAUGAAACUAGUAAAAUUUUAGUUGCUGAUGAAGCAACAGCUUCAGUUGAUCCAACUAGUGAUAAAAUUAUUCAACAAACUAUAAGAUCAGAAUUUAAAGAUAAAACAAUUUUAACUAUUGCUCAUAGACUUGAUACAAUUAUGGAUAGUGAUAAGAUUUUAGUAUUGGAUCAAGGUAAAGUAGCAGAAUUUGAUACACCAGAAGCUUUGUUGAAGAAUAAAGAUAGUAUAUUUUAUUCUAUGGCUAAAGAAGGAGGAUACGUAAGUUAG